AUGUCUCAAGAAAAGGUAAUUUUGGUCACCGGUGGGUCCGGACUUGUUGGCAAAGCGAUUGAGUGGGUGGUCGAAAACGAUACGGGGAGGUUUGGUAAGAAAGAAGGAGAGAAAUGGAUUUUCCUUACCAGCAAAGAUGGCGAUUUGAGGUCAGCCGAGGCUACGCGCGCUAUCUUUGAUAAGUACAAACCAACUUAUGUGAUACAUCUGGCUGCUUUAGUCGGAGGUCUUUUUAAAAACAUGAAAUACAAGCUGGACUUUCUGAGAGAUAACUUGUUGAUUAACGAUAAUGUCCUUCACAUCGCCUACGAACACAAGGUUCAAAAAGUUGUAUCGUGCUUAUCUACGUGUAUCUUUCCCGACAAAACCUCAUACCCUAUUGAUGAAAGCAUGAUUCAUAAUGGACCUCCACACGAAUCUAAUUUCGGCUAUGCUUACGCCAAACGCCUAAUUGAUGUUCAAAACAAGUAUGAAAUUGUAUAUUGGGUUUUGCCUGUUUAA